AUGGUGAACCUGUGCUCUGUUCUGGUGGGCACGCUUGUGUUCUCUGCGCUGUCCGCUAUGGCUGCUGAGGACUGGACGAAUACCAAAGACCUCAAGAAGGUGAAGCACAUUGUGCUCUUCAUGCAAGAGAAUCGUGCGUUUGAUCACUACUUUGGCACUAUGGCCGGUGUCCGUGGGUUCCAAGACCCCAAUGUACACGUCUCCGAGAACACAGGCAAGGAUGUGUUCCACCAGCCUGUUGAUCAGUCCAUCCUUGCUCCCAAGCCUCCUAAAGACGUUCAUUACCUAAAGCCAUUCUACCUCAACUGGGCUGGAGGUGACUGGAAGGAGAAGACUCAAUGCAUGCUAGCAGGUCUUAAUGACUGGAUCUUCAACCAUGCUGCCUACGACAAAGGUCAGAUCGACCGAUGGGCUCUCCGUAACUCGGCUUACAGUGUUGGUUAUUUCAAGGAGGAUGACAUUCCCAUCCAGUGGAAGCUGGCCGACUCGUUUACGGUCGGUGAUAUGUACUACGAGUCGAUUAUCGCCAUGACAAUCCCCAACCGUGUUGCAUUCUUCACGGGAACUAUCAAUCCCCGUGAAGGCAGCAAUGUUCCCGGUAGCAAUGAGGAGAUGGGCGGCCCUGUCCUGGACAACGUUCUUAUUGACGGUUGCCGCAACUUUGGUGCCGGUCCAGUGACUUGCUAUCCCCUCAAGUGGAAGACCGUUCCCGAGCACCUGCAGGACGCUGGCAUCUCGUGGCAGGUGUACCAGGACCAGGAUAACUUUGGUGACGACGCGCUCAGCUACUUCCAGCAGUACCAGGAUUCCGCGAAGAACAAGGGCGAGCUUGCUCGCCGUGGUACCUCGUACCCUGGUCUGGAGAAGUUCUACGAGGACGCGAAGAACGGCAACCUUCCGGAAGUGUCGUACAUUGUUGCCCCCCAGAACCUGGCUGAGCACCCACCGUUCAUGCCCAAGGACGGUGGCUGGCUCCAGGCUAAGGUGGCUGAGGCUGUGAUGAACGGCAAGGACUGGGACUCGACUGUGCUGAUGUAUAACUACGAUGAGACAGGUGGUUGGGCUGACCAUGUGAUGGGUCCUCACCCGCCAAAGAACGUUACUUCAGAGUGGAUGGUCGACCCCUACCUGCCUAUUAAUGGUAACUCGCCUAUUGGCCCUGGCUUCCGUGUUCCCUUCUAUAUUGUCUCGCCCUGGACGCGCGGUGGCCAUGUGUUCACGGAGCACGCGUCACACGAGAGCACGAUCCUGUUUAUGGAGGAGUGGGGCAAGGCGCACGGCAAGCCCUUCCAUUCGAAGGAGGUUCCCGACUGGCGUCGUUCGCAGCUGAGUAACCUGGUCAAGGCAUUCGACUUUAGCAACAAGGACACCCGUGUGCUUAAUCUGCCGCCUCAGCCUACGCCGUCGAAGGACAAGAUUCUGGACCGAUACAAUGGUGGCAUUGUGUGCCUGCUCAAGCACAUCGGUCUUGUGUUCCCGCCUGUGCCGUAUGGCAAGCAGAACUCUGGUAACUCGAUGGAGGUGGUGAAGGGCUACAAGAGCGUGCGUGGUGACAUCACAGAGGGUCGCUAUCUGACUCUGGAGGCCAAUGGCCGCGCUCUGAGCCAUGCGAAUGGCAAGCUUGGUUCCAGCCGUGUGAACUCGAAGCGCGACGACAAGAACCAGCUCUUCGUUGUCCACUGGCUCGGCAGCGAGCCAAAGGACAACAGCUUCCACAUCACUACGCCUCAGGGUGUCUACGUGACCAAGUCGAUGAAGCUCUCGAAGAACAAGAGUGACGCUGCGUCUUUCUCUUUCACUGACAUGGGCAACGGCGCUGGUUACUCAGUUAGAGACGAUGCGAGUGGCAAGUCGCUGUCGAUUGGCAAGGAUGGCUCGCUCUCGCUCGCUGACGGCGCUUUGGUUAAGAUUUACAGUGUGACUCUUUAG